AUGCUCCGAUCCGAUCACGUGAUCGGAAAUCGGGCCCGAUCACGUGACUUUUAAAAGAUCGGAAUCGGGUGUUAAAGAUCGGAUUUAACCUUAUAAAACAACAAGCAUGACAUUUUUAAUUAAUCUUGAGUUUCAAAUUGAAUAACAAUGGCUUAAUUUUGUACCAAGUUUCACUUCCUCAAUAACGACAUGACACCAUACGGCAGCCGUAAUGCCACACGUUUUAAAGUGGACAGUGGAAUUCAGGUAGCAGUUAGCUAGCAGGUUAAUGCUCGUCUCGCUCCAGGAGAGCAAAAAAUGUCAGCUGUUUGGAAUCAUUUUAAACUGGAGACCGAAGGUUGUCCAACAGCCACUUGCAACAUUUGCAAACUGAGUGUUUCACGUGGUGGAAAAGACAGAGCUGCUUUUAACACCAUGAACCUGAUCCGGCAUCUUAAGAACAAACAUCCAGCUCAAUAUUCCGAGUUCACCGCGGCAACGCAGAUCAAAACAUGGAGCCAGCCGACACUGGAAGCUAUGCUGAAAAACAAAGAAAAACUUCCUAAGGAUAGCGACAAGGCCAAGAACAUCACAGCCAAGAUAGCUGAAUUUAUUGCACUAGAUGACCAGCCGCUGUCUGUGGUUUCAAACGUAGGAUUUCGCCGUCUCAUGGAGCACCUGGAGCCACGGUACGAGUUACCUUCUCGAAGCUACUUUACAGACACAGCUCUGCCCAGCAUUCACAACAAGCUACGUGACCACCUGUUAGUCAUGUUAUCAAAGGUGUCUGCUUUUGGGUUUACCACGGACAUAUGGAGUUCGUCUGUUUGUCCAAUGUCACUGAUCAGCUUCACUGCACAAUGGAUCGACUCGAGUUUCAAUUUACAACGUGCUACGUUAAAUGCGCAACAUUUUCGCGGAUCUCACACAGCAGAGCAUGCGAAACAGGCUAUUGAAGAGAUGCUGAACAGUUGGGGAAUUGAAAAGGAACGUGUCCAUGUAAUUGUGCGUGACAAUGCGCGAAAUAUGAAGAGAGCCAUGGAGGACUUGGCAGUACCGAGCUUGGGCUGUGUUGCACACACGCUUCAACUUGUUGUGCACGAGGGUCUGCUCUCUCAGCGCAGCGUCACAGACACAAUGGCUAAUGCCAGGAAGAUAAUAGGCCAUUUCAAACAUUCUCCUUUGGCCUAUUCACGCCUGGAAGAUAUCCAGAUUUCUCUGAAGAUGACCGUGAAGCGCCUGCAGCAGGAUGUGCAUGUUAGAUGGAACAGCAGCCUCUAUAUGCUACAGAGCAUUCUGGAGCAAAAGCGAGCGCUCAGCAUCUAUACAGCUGACCACAACCUCCCUGCUACACUAACAUCUAGUCAGUGGACCCUGAUGGAGAAUACAGCUGAAGUGUUAGUUCCCUUGGAAGAACUGACUAGGGAAGUGAGCAAGGAGACUGCAACUGCAGCAGAUGUGAUCCCUGCCAUUUCAGCUCUCAGACGUGUCCUGUCUCGAGAGCAAACGACUGACCAGGGUGUUCGAACCAUGAAAAGAACUCUCCUAGAGGCCGUGGAGACUCGCUUUGCUGAGGUAGAAAAGGAACCACUCUACAGCAUCGCCACUUUAGUGGAUCCAAGAUACAAAGACAGAUAUUUCACAAAGUCAGACCACCUGAGGUUUGCUAAAGAUUCCCUCAUCCAGGAGGUGAUGAAGAUGGAGGAGAACAGGGUUGCCAGUAAAGAACCAGAGGCAGCAGAGCCUGUGAGCAAGGCACCUCGUCAAGGAGCAGGAAGCAGCCUUGGCAGCAUCUUAGAUACGGUACGGUACGGUACGGAUCUACCUUUCGGAACAAACCAUCUCUAGGAAAAGCAAUCCUCUAGACUACUGGAAAACACAUGCUACACAGUUCCCUUCACUGGCUGCUGUUGCAACCAAAUUUCUCUGUGCCCCCUGCACCUCAGUGGACAGUGAGAGACUCUUUAGUGCAGUGUCAAACAUUCUUGACGAGAAUAGGAAUCGGCUCUCCCCCGACAAGUUAGAGAUGCUGAUUUUCCUCAAAAAAAACAUGCACUUUAUUUGGGAGCCUUAGAGUAAAAGUUGAGCUCCAUGUAGAGCACAUGGAAGAGGUGAUUUACCAGUUCUUUGCAAUUUGAUGUUGAUGUUUUAUUCUUGAAUGGUGUUAAGUUCGUGCACCACUUUGAUUAGGCAUAUAUUUUGUUCGUUUUAAUAAACUAGUCAGUCUAAAGGCCUAAGAUGUAUUUUAUUUUGUUACCUGACUGAAUUAUGCAACUACCUCUUAGAGGUGGAGGUAAGCACUUUAAUUUAACUUCUAUUAUUGUGUUGAGUUAUUUUACAAACCUUUUCUACUUUUCUAUAAAAACAAAUUUCUUUACAUAUUGUUGCACCACUGAUAAGCUACAAAGAUAUAAUUUUGUUUACUUGGUUUGAAGUGCUGCUGCACUAACAAAAUGUUUCUACUUUCUUAUGGUAUCAUGUUGGAUGCCGUCAUAUAAAUAAUAAUAA